AGGAGAGUGGCCAAUUCUCGUCAGUUGCGAUCGGAACGCCGCCAGGUCCAAACGUGCAUCGCUUCGAACUUUUCCCAGCAAAUUUCCAAUUUUCGCGAGCGUCUAAAUUCGAGUGGUGCAAAGUGAGGGAUGAUGAUCCAAAGUUGGCUCACGCAAAGCAACCACCAAAAAUGCGAGAAGCUUAAGACUUCUCUGAAGAUCACCCCCAGAUAAUGCUGCCCCGGAGCCGCGCCAUGGGCGGGCCCAUCUGGGCCAUCCCAUGCCUGUACCUCCUCUGCAGCACGCUGACGGUGGACGCCGGCCGCCGCCACCGCCACGACGACGACGACGACAUCUACGUGGCCCAGCUGGAGCGCAGCGCCGUGGAGGAGGGCUCCAAGACGCCGGCCUCCACGUGCCCCAACUGCAUCGCGGACCGGGAGAGCAAGGCGGACAACCUGCGGCUGGAGGCCAUCAAAAGACAGAUUUUGUCCAAGCUGGGGCUGAGGCACAAGCCCAACGUCACUUACAGUCUUCCGAGAGAAGUUAUCAUGGAAACCCUGUCGAGAGCCGAGGAUAACAGUGAUUUUUUUAGAAACUUUAAUAGUGAAGAAAAUAUAUCAACGACCAGCGCCAGGACGUCCACGGUGGAGACCAUGGAUUUUGACGACUUUUACGGACGGACGUCGGAGAUUAUCUCCUUUGCUGAACAAGGGUCCAGGGUAAACCAGAAUAGACUGUUAGAAUUCCGUGUAAGUCCGGAAUCCGGACAAGCGGGCCAGGAAUUCCGGGUUAGGACGGCCACACUGUGGCUUAAAGCUGACAUCAGGCAUCGUCGACCAAGCCAAUGCAGAUCAACGGAAAUUUACGUCUUCAAAAUCAUAUCGCGUCUACCAGAUACAGUCACAAUUAGUUCACAGGACUUUGACCGUCUCGCCUCCGACCCCAUCUCCCUCACCCUGCGCGAGUCGCAGUCCGGGUGGCAGAAGCUGGACCUGACCGCCACCGUCCAGCAAUGGCUGUCCGACUCCCCCAAAGAGAAGCUCCAACUCCUGGUGGACUGCAGCUGCUGCAGCAACUGGCGCAUCCACCUGUUCAACGGCGAGCCCUCCCACCGCAGCAACCCCAACCGGCCCUUCCUCGUGGUGCACACCGACCCCACGACGGCCAAACGCGUGCGUCGGCGCGCCCUCGACUGCUCCGAGGACUCGGGCAACCAGUGCUGCAAGCAGCGCUUCUACGUCUCCUUCAAGCAGCUCGGCUGGGACGACUGGGUGAUCGCCCCCCAGGGCUACCACGCCAACUACUGCCGCGGCGACUGCGGCCUCCACCGGACGCCCGACACCUACGUCACCUACCACACGCACGUCAUCGAGGAGGUGCGGAAGACGCACCACCUCAGCGGCAUGCAGCCCUGCUGCGCCCCGCUCAAGUUCUCCAGCAUGAGCCUAAUCUAUUACGGACCUGACAUGACCAUUAUCAAGCGGGACUUGCCCAAAAUGGUCGUGGAUGAGUGCGGGUGUCCUUAAACGACUUAACGUUACUAAUGACUUGUGAAAUGUUAUUAAGUUUUCUCGUGUUACCAAUUUAAGCAAAUUCAUUCAAUUUCAAUCAUAUGUAGAGGGUAAGGUAGGUAUGAAAUUUCGGACUGAGCAUGUGCCCAAUAUUUUACAAAAAGACUUUUCAUAAUUAAUAUACGAUGACGAGGGGGUGCCGAGUUUUGACACCGCUUGCGAUUAUUGUGCAUUGGACAGAGGUCGGCCCACAAAUUCAAAAACACACUGUCUUAGAGACGGUUUCAUCAAUAAUAACUUAAUUUUGCCACCAAUUUAAUCACAAACUCACAAAAAAUGAAAAGUUGGAUUAACUGAUGAAUAAUAAGUCAGUACUUGAUCAAAGAUUUAUAAGCGAAAGCCCAAAGAAUGAUUUCUUAGCCAAAAAUAUCCAGAGUGAGUUUAAAGUAACGCAAAAUAUUCAUAUUUUUGUUGUUGAAAUUUUUUAAAAAAAGCAAAAAAAAACAAUCGCCUUUUAUAAAUAAGGCAAAAAUAAAAAAAUAAAGAGGGGUAAACCGCAACCCAAUUUUUGUAUACUAGAUUUCCCCGGAUUUCCUCUAAUUUCCUCAAGAUUUACCGAAAUUUUUCAAAAUUAUUUCCCGUAAAUUAAAUACCUAUUACCGCAGAUUUUACUUCAUUCUUUCACAAUCUAAUUUUCAUAAUAAUGUAUUUUUUAAUUUGUAAUGAAUAUUAAAUCAUUGGAGAUGUUCAUCUUAUCGAAAUCAAAAGACAAGUCAAAUUCAGAAAUUUUAAUAUGAUUAUUUGAUUUAUUGUUUCUUAUAUUUCUCGAUGUAAUAAAAUGGUCACUUGGUGAUUUUUUAUUGUACUGGUGAAAAGUUCAUCCCAAAAAUUUAUGAAUAUAUCUAUAUGAGAAAAUGUUGAAUUAUACACGUAAAGAAAAGUUGGCACUAUCUGCUCGUGAUUUUUUUCUAAAAUUCGCAGAUAAUAAGAAAUUUUUCUUUACUUGUAUGAUAAACUACUUCUUCUGUUUUGCAAAAUAAACAAAUAAAGCAAGAAAUAAUUAUUGAAAAUUUAAAAACGGCAAAAACAUUAGUGAAAAUAUUGGUUCAUAUAACUUAAACAUACAAAUUAUACAGUUCUGAAAAUACUUUACGAUCUAUUUUGUUUUAGGUUUAUUAUACAGAGCGAUUUUUUAAAACGAGCCACCAACAUAUUUCAGAAAAUUAACAACCAAACAUUUACCAGAUUUUCUAAAUUCAUUGUGAAUAAAACAUUGUAAAUUUGCUAAUUAGUCUAAAAUUAUUAAUUUUUCUGUCCCAUUCCAACUCUUAAAAUAGAAAAUGGCGCCAAUAAAACCCACUAAAAAAAUAUUAUUGAAAAUUGCCAGUUGUUGUUAAAGAUUAAAAGCAUUUUUACAUCAAAAAGCGCGUGAACAUUAUUUUCAAUAACCUUAAGAUGUCUUAUGACAUAAAGAUUUUAUUAAUUAAAAAAAUCUUUUCUUUAGCUUUUGCAUGCAAUAAACAGUAUAUAGAUUAUAACUUUAUCGACAGGGAUCACAAAAUCUUAACUUGCUCAUGCGCAUUAUUUGAAAAUUUCCUAUAAUUUCCCCUGAUUUCCUCUGUUUUAACUGUUUUAAUUUAUUUUUGUAUUUUUUGUUUUCUUUUUGAUUUUUAUGUUUACCUAUCAGAAAGAUAAAAGAGUAAACUAUCAGCCAUUUAAAAAAAUAAAAAUGACAUCAGAAAUGUUACUAUGAAGUCAGAAUAUAGCAUACUUUACAAAAAUAAAAUCGAUCGGUCCGAAAAUUUUUUUGAAAUCUGAUCUAUUACAAAAUAAUGAAUUUUGUGAGUUACUUUAAACUCCCUCUGUAUUGUUUUUCAUGAAAAAUGCAACAGUUUAGACAAUAAGGAGACGAGCUAUUAUCAUGAAAUUUGGCUACACUGAGCAGUUAAGUAGCAAAUGAAAAUAUUUUUUCGAUUUUGCGAUUUCUGAAACAUUUUUUAUCCAGAAACACAGUUAUUUUGCAAAACAUUCUCAAAAAUAAAGUGAAAAGUCGCCGAAUUGAGUCGAAAGUUAUGGUAGUUUGCGUUUUUUGACAGUUUAUAUACGUUUUUAAUCCAAAUUUCCAACUAUUUUACAAAAGCCGAUAUGACAAUAGUGUUAUAUUAGCAGCUUAAGUCAACAAUGACAUUAUUUUGUAAUGCAAUUUCGUCCAAAAUCAAUGAAUCACGAAUUGGUUUAAAAAUGGUAACAGAAAGCAUUUUCUUUUUUAUAAAUUAAAAAGUGCUACGAUGUUAUAAACGGGUUUUUUUGAAAAUUAAUGUGUUAUUUUUAAUCAGCAUUACGUUACUAAUACAAACGUUUUCGUUCUUUUUUUAUUCAAAAGCUAAAUUUGGGCACAACCCAGUUUAGUAGUUUUUUUGUAGGUUGCUUACAAGAUUUCUUAAUUUUCGUUGGAAGGUUACUGUGUUUGACAGUUUUCUGGAAUUUUUUAACCGAAUAAAUAAAAUAAAAAUCUAUCUGCAUACUUUAUUAUAAAAGCAUGCAGUAUAGUUAAUAACAUACAAGGUGAAUCUGCUAAAAGUAUCUCAAUAACUAUUUUUUAAUCUAUUUUUUCAUUUUAUUUUUAUUUUUUGGGACUAACGUUUGUUUUAAAAUGACACAAGUAAUAACAUUUUUGGACCGAUUUUUAUUAAACUUAUUACAUAAUUAAUUAAUUAAUACAUAAGUAAUUGCAGAAAAAUUCUUAAAAAUCACACGAAUAGAAAAAAGUUAUUAAGUACUUUCUCUAUGCUUUUUUAGAGGAUACUAUACCGACAAUACUUAAAAGGAAACUGCUCAAACGAAACUAAAUUUGUAAGUUCUUUUUUGAUAUUUAUGUCUAUAACCAAGUUCUAACAAGUUAAAAAAACUCAAAAUUUCCAACGUUUCAAAAAAAUACGGUUAAGAUAAGACUAUACUGGGCACAUUGCCCAAGCGUGCGUGAGAAUGCACAAAUUGGAAAUUCAGUUUUUAAGAAAAAUAAUAGUUUCUUAACGGAUUAAUAUUUUUAAGAAAAAACCUAAGGUUCAAGUGGCUUGAAAAAAUACAGUAUCAUAAAUAAGUCAAACACAAGACUCCUAAUAAAAUUUAUUAAAAAAUUAUGUACCAUUUAAAAAAAUAAAAUCACCAAAAAUGAGGUUUCUUUCAUUUGGUUUUCAAUAAAUUACAUGUUUUUUGUUCUAUCUUUAUAAAGUUGUUGCUAAGGGCUUUAAUCACUUGCGAUAUUUUUUUCAUGCGAUUUUAACUUAAUUUUCUUGUAAAAAAGUAACUGAAUCAAGUUUUUUUACUGUCAGAAAAUAGAGAAUUUUUUUCACUUUAUUUUUAUAUCACAACUUUUUCUUUACACUAAUGCGUAUUGUUACUGAUCACACAAUUACGAUAUUCUUAUGCAAUUUGAAUAUUAAUUUUAAACUCGGUUACAUGAAUUUUUUAUUAUUUUAUUUAAUAAUUUAGGAAUAACAUCCAUUAAAAAAAACAUUUUAUUUAUUAGUUUUCUUAAAAAAUUCUGUUUAAACUUCAAUUCUUCCAUUCGCCGAAUUCUGUGUCAUUAACUGAUAAGUGAUUUUUGGGAUGCAGUAAAAAUUCCUUUAGCAGAUUUACCUUGUAUUAUCAAAAUUAAAAGCAUUCUUUGAACAUAAUCGUCAAAACUGCCUGAAGCAAAAUUUUCAAAAAUCGGAAAAGGAAAAAAAUUAUAAAAUGUUAAAAAUGGAACCAUAUUUUCAGACAUCUCACCGAUCAUUUGUAGACACAUAGUUAAAUAAUUUUGAAUAAUAAUAAUUUUUUGCCUAGAGAUUUUUUAUAGUGUUUUUUACUUUUUGCUUAUUUUGAACCUUGCAAUUUUGGAAAAUAUUCAAUCAUCAUGAUAUUAAAAAAAGGUGAUUUUUAUUGGAAAAAAACGCUUUAGCUCUUCAUCAUUUUCGUUAUUCCAAAAAGCUUUUCUAAUUUUCCAUUAGUAAGUUAAUUAAUUACAUUGGUUAAUUUAAACUUUUCCCCUUUAUUUAUUCCCGGAAAUAAUUUACAAUAGAGCACAAAAAGUCCGAAAAAUGACAAAGUAUUGUACUGUGCAACUGGUGAAACCGACCUUUAAGGAAUUUUGGAAUUAAAUCAAAAAAAACAAAAAAAAAAUUGAAUUUUGCGGACCGGCCGCCCUUCACCUGUAAACGAUUAUGUCUUAAGUGCCUUGCGUAGGUAAUGUUUUAGCCCUCCUGGCCCGCUCCCCGCCCCCAUCACCAGCCCCCGGAGAAAACAGCACACCCCUCGUAAUCUCAUUUACACCAACUCGUAUUACCGGUUGCCUACAUGCCCGGCAACCAGCAAUACACUCUUGUAAAUUAAGCUGACUAACUCAAUUUCGUGAUUGUAAAAAUUGAAAUAUCACAGCUGAACCUUGUACAUUAGCGCGAGAAGGGCUUGUGAUUGUACUUAAUGUUUGUGAUUUUUUUACCAUUAUAACCUGUGAUUUGUUUUAUUAUUUAUUAAGGCAUUAGAUUAAUUCACUGCCUCGUUUCGAAUGUAAAUUGUAAGCAUUGAAUGACAAUAAGGUACUCUAAACCUACUAAAUAUAUGCAGUAUAACUCUCAUAGUAAAGUAUAUAAAAUGCUAGUCCACUUAUAAUACUCAUAGGCACUUUCGGUUGUUCCCGUUGGGGGAAUCACAGCUUCAUGACAACUCUGGUGCCAAACACGUCGCCAUGUUGUUCAUCUUCCAGCGGUUUAAACUCGGAUGUUCUUCCAUUAGUAGGCUAGACUGGGUCAAAGGCAGCUGCCCCAGGUCGACACAUAUCAUUGUAGUUGUGUUUUCGGUCUUUUUGGUCUGACCUGGGCACCGAAAUUGCGAAAUUUUCGGCACGUGGUUGGCACCCCUGCACUCCUAUAUCUACGCAAAUGUACCCAAAUUUUGCCUUACUAUAAAAAGAACGUUAAAUACCUAUUCUAAUCACCAAGUAAUAAGGGAGGUACUAAAUUCAACGACCAGGAUAUUUUACGAAUAGUUGGUCGUUAUUAGCUUUUGCAACCUACAUAAUUUGAUAAUAAUUAGCUCAUUUAGUGAUAGAAACAACGCAAUUUUACUAAAGAGAAAAAUCGACAAAUGUUCCUGAAUUUAAAGUGUAAUUACUCGAAUAAAAAAUUUGAAAAA